AUGAACAUUCCUGAUGUGCAGCGCUUGUCGAAUUCGAGUUUGCCAACCAAGCCCGACGACUACCAUGAACUGAAGACUCCUGAUAUCCAAGAGCUUGAAGAUGGAGCCAUUCGUCUAGGAGACCCACCCGACAUUUACAGCUGGAGCAACAUCGGCCUGAUGGCCCAAUACGCUGCUGUCGGUGUAGUCUACGGCACCAUUGUCCUGAUCACACUGCCCUACACUCUCAAGGUUUUUAUUGGCAUCGUGACAGAUUGCUACCCGAUCUUCGGCUUUCGGCGUAGGCCGUACAUGCUCCUCGGUUGGGCCGUGUGUUUUAUUUCGCUAGUCGUAAUGACCGUCAUGCCCAUCGGUGAUCCGUACUACCCGGACUCCAGCUGGGCGUUGAUGACGCCUCUUACUGCUGAGCAGACAGCGCAGCUCAACACCGACGCGCAACAUUCGGGUGUCAAGUACAUUUUCCUCAUGGUCAUCGCCAACCUGGGUAGCGUUGUGGCCUUCACGGCUUCGGAUGGAAUCCUCGUGGAACUCGCUCAGCGAGAGCCUUUAAAGACCCGUGGUGCUUUGCAAGCCAUAGUGUAUGCAGUACAGUACUCAUUCCACAUCAUAUCGCAAGCGAUGGUUGGCUUCGGACUCAACGGUGCUGACUACGGUGGUACGUUUUCGGGUUCCAUGGGCUUCAACGCCGUCAUGGGCGUCUGUGCUGUCUUCUCGCUAGUCGUGAUGCCCUUCUCGUGGUUCUGCAUCACAGAAGAGAAGACUCACCGUCGCUCGGCACAGAAAUACCUCUACGCUCUGUACGAGCUGAUCCAGCAGCGCGUGGUGUACCAAAUCGUCAUCUUCCGUUUCUGCCGCAACGUCUUCUCCUACGUGUCCGUGACGGCGUCAUUUCUCAUCCAAAGCUACUGGUUGACGGUGACUCCAGUGAACAAUAGUGUGGCUUCAAUCAUCGGCUUGAUAGUGUCGGCUGGCUCGCUGUAUCUGACCAAACAGGUUGGACUCAACUGGAACUGGCGAUACAUGAUCGCCAUCUCUCAGAUCUCUGUGAUCGUCAUCGAUGUCUUCCCUACUUUCUUCACCAUUUGGGACAAUCUCCCAAAUGCGAUUGGAACAAUCGUCGCGACGUUUGCAGUACUGGAGAUAAUCGAGGAGGGUAACGAGGCCACGGUGUACGGUCUAAUCACCGCCGUAUCCACACUGGCGUCUCCGUUUGCUAGCGUCAUUACCAAGAGUAUCGACGGCCAUUUCGACGUUGAAACAGAAUUUAUUCAGCUGGACAAUUCGUAUGUCCGUUCGCAGGUGACGUACACGUAUCUCAUCGCCUACGCGUUCAAGCUUUUCUCGCUUGUGUUCCUCGUGCUGCUACCCAAACAGAAGAUUGAAACACAGGAGCUCAAACGAACUAUCGGUAAGAACAAGUGGAUCGGAAUCGGUACAAUCAUUGUCGUAGCGUUUUCCUUGGUCUGGUCUGUUAUGACAAACAUCAUGACGAUGUUUGACAGCACCUCCUGUCUGAGGAUAAGAUAG